AUGCCUCUUUGUGGUAGUACUCCUCAGAUAAUUCAAAGAAAAAUAGUCAUAUUGGGUGAUGGUGCCUGUGGGAAAACUUCAUUAUUAAAUGUGUUUACCACUGGGUAUUUUCCUCAAGUUUAUGAACCAACUGUAUUUGAAAAUUAUGUUCAUGAUAUAUUCAUCGAUAAUAAAUCAGUACAGUUAUCAUUAUGGGAUACAGCUGGUCAAGAAGAAUUUGAUCGUUUAAGAUCUCUUUCUUAUGCUGAUACUCAUUGUAUUAUGUUAUGUUUUUCCAUAGAUUCUCCUGAUUCCUUAGAAAAUGUCCAAUCCAAAUGGGUUGGAGAAAUCACUGAUCAUUGUGAAGGUGUUAAAUUAGUGUUAGUAGCUUUGAAAUGUGAUUUAAGAAGUCAUGAAGAUAGUGAUCUUGAUAUAGCGAAUAAUAACAUUAAUAAUAAUAAUAAUAAUCGUGAUGAAUAUAAUCCUUAUCAAUCAAGUUCAAAUCCUUAUCAACAAAAUAAUAAUAAUAGUCAUCAACCAAAAAGAUUAAUAACUUAUGAAGAAGGGUUAGCUGUAGCUAAAAGAAUCGGUGCAUUAAGAUAUUUAGAAUGUUCAGCUAAAAAGAAAAGAGGUGUAAAUGAAGCCUUUUCUGAAGCAGCAAGAUGCGCUCUUACUGCAAAACCAAAAGGUGCUAAUGAAAAUGAACCUGAAAAGAAAGGUUGUGUAAUAAUGUAA